UGUGAGCGCGCCCUCACCCGCCGAGCCCUUGCUGGACAGGUCAAGACAUCCCCUCUCAGGCGCCCCUUGGCGACGCUUGAUCUCGUCACUCGUCAUCUUUGCCGCCCCUCUCUUCCGUCAUGGAGUCCUUCCUGCCCGUGGGCGGCUUCCAAUUGCCCUUUCAGCGGCGCCUCAGCCGUCUCUACAAUGACACCAAAAAGUCGAGCGACUUCGUCAAGGAGCCCGUCCGAAAUGAAGAGGACCCCGAGAUCAAGGGCUUGCACCGCAAACUGCGCAUCCAAAAGGACCGGCUCGUCAGCUGGGGAAUCGAGUGGUCUGACCCCAAUCAGUCCGCCGAGAUUGACGAGUCACUCUCCCAGGCCGGUCUCAGCGAGGUCGUCGGCAGCAUCAUGUCGACCAUCAAGGACAUUCUGGCUGAGGCUGAGCCGCUCUGGCUGAGCUCCAAGCGCAUAGUCGAGGGCCCGCGUUCGUCACCCGACAAGAAGCCGCCGCUCGUCCAGUGGGACAAGGGCCGCUUCGAAGACCUCGUCCGCGACCUUACCUCUUCCAUCGACACCCUCUAUGACCUGUCCCGGACCCGUGCCGGCGGCGUCCCGCGACGCAUGUCCAAGACGGCUGCUUUCAAGUCGUCGGCGGACGAUUACCGGCCCUUCGAGUCAAGUCGCAUGCAGACACCGCAGCAAAUCGAUCCUCAGACUCUCACUCAUCUGUCAUCAAUGGAUGGCACCCACGGCGCCAACGCCCGGCAGGUCGUUUUCAUGAGCAAGACUGCCUACUCGGAGCUCACGCAGGGCACCACGCGUGAGCCCUGGGCUCCGCUGCUGCUCGAGUAUGCCACGUUUGACUCCAUCUACGCCACGACGGGCAUCAUGCCUCCCAUGGCCCGCUUCGAGAAGCUGUCGGCUGGCCUGCAGCAGGAUCCGCAGCGAGCGCCUGGCACCUGGACGGGCCUACCGCGCCUCUUGGGCUACUUUGAAGACAUGGAAAACUCGAGGCUGGGCCUCGUCUACCGUUUCCCGCCGUCGUUCAAUGCCGUGUCCUUCGAAAAGCUCACCCAGAACCCCCUGUAUAGUCUCCCGACACUUGGUGGCCUUCUCUCGAGGCCCGAUGCUGAGCCGUUGUUGGAAGCCAAAUUCCGACUCGCAUAUAACCUCACCAACACAAUUUUCGACAUGCAUGCCCGCGGCGUUACUCACGGCAAUCUGAUCGACGCCAACAUUUCGUUUUGCGAUCUGCCCAAGUCGGGAGAGGACGCAUCGAAGUCGGUGGACAUUCGGCGGCCACUUGUAUCGUCGUUUGACUUGUUUCCCGAGGAUGAUGCACCGGCCAACUUCUCCAUCUGGCGGCAUCCCUUGGAUCCCCGCACCGCACAGGCGUCGCCAUUGACCAAGUCGACAGAUGAGCGGGUGUUGGAACUGUACUCACUCGCCAUGGUUCUUCUGUCUGUUGGUCUGUGGGAAAAGCUCGAAAGCCUAGCUCCCGAGCUUGCGACUGCACCCCUUUCUAGCUCGCUCAUGGAGAGAUUGGCCGUCAAGUGCGGCAGCCUUUACGCAAAGGCUGUUGAGGCAUGCUGGCUGGCCCCCGACGAGGAGGCAUCGGGUAAUACUGCUGGUGAGGCGCUGCUCUCGUCAGUUCAGGUGCGCGUGAGCCGCUACUUGGAGGCGUGCUGCAUACUCGAUGGUGUUAGCGGCCUCGAGGAUCGAUUGACGCAAGAGCUGCGUAGCCAUGCCUCAGAGAACCGACAGCCCACUGCGUCUGUCAAAUCCCCGACGCAUUACCCAGUCGACCGAAAGGUCUUGGCACAAGAACCAAGCGGCGCACCCAAGGCCCUGGAAAAGGCUGACGUGGCCGACGUCGAAACCGAUGACGUGCCUGGUGUUCCGGUCCCUAAGAUGAGGCUGUACCCUCACGUCCCGCUUGCGCCAGAUGUCGUCGAGAAGUGGAAUGUGAUCUUGAUGCCGCAAAUCAACCACGCCCUCCGUCACUUCUACCGCAAGCAUCCCGAAUCGGUCGAAAUCUCCCUCGAGUCUGUCGGUCCGAGCGCAAAUAGAACACAGCCGACGGUCUUGGUGGUCUGCACGUCGGUUGGCAAAGUGCGAGCAAUCCUCAAGAAGCGCCUCGGCGACCUGUUUGACGGCACCACGGGUUUCUCCCUCAAGGUUUGCCGCGGUCAGGUUCUGCGCUCGCGCAAACAUGCGGCAUCAGUCCGGCGCUCCAUGGCACGAACCCACGACGGCGAAGGCGACGACGCAGAGGCAGUCAACCCAGAGUUCCAACAGCGCCCGGGGAAUGGCGCAAGCAUCGGCGCCUGGAUUGGCGACCGCCAUCUGCCUCCGGUCAGCUUCGGUGGUUUGGUGCUAGUCGAUGACAAGCCCUAUGGCAUGACGGUCCAUCACAUGCUCGACGACCCGGACCGCGAGGUUGGUAACGCUGAAACGCUUCGUAGCAGCGCGAGACCCGGGCAUGAUUGGCUCGCCGACAUGGCGGUUGACAGUGCCGACGACGACGACGACGACAGUUAUGCCUUUGGUCUGUCGGACACCGAGUCGGAACCCUAUUCAGAUACAGACAUUACCAGCGACUACGACGAUGACGAGGAAGAGGACGAAUUCGAGCCUGGAGACAUACCCGGUAUUGAACCAGGCUGCGGAGACGGCUACAUUGUGACCCAGCCCGCGCUGGACGAUGUGGAGGAUGGGUUCUACCCGUGCGCCGAGACGGAAGACGAGGAUCACCUCGACACCUUCAGCCUUGGCGAAGUCUUUGCGUCCAGUGGCAUUCGCCGCAAACAGGCCAAUGGACUCGUUCAUGAGGUGGACUGGGCCUUGUUCGAGUUCGCCAACGGUCGGUUGCCAGACGAUAACACCAUCCCCGAAGCGUCUGAGGGGAAGGCUCUGCCUCAAAUUGCCGCCAAGAGAGACGAGACGAGCAUGUUGCGGCCAACGGCUGUCGCGCCGUCGGCGUCGUUGCCGGGCAUGGAAGUGCAGUGCAUGGCCCGGACCAGUGGAUUGCAAACCGGUCAGAUCUUGCCAACAUUGACGAGCGUCAAGAUCUACGGCCGGGCAUCCCCCAGCCACACGUAUCAAAUCACCAGCAUGCCGUCUUCGGCAGGGGACGGGGCGGACACAGAACGGACCCAGCCGAUGGGCAUCCCCGGAGACAGCGGCGCGUGGGUUGUGGAUCGCCAUCACAGCCAGCUCUGCGGGCACAUCCUGGCAUGGAGCCAGAGGAAGCGUGUCGCGUACAUAUGCCCCAUGGACGUGUUGCUUUUGGACGUGGCACAAACACUCGAGGCCACCGAGGUCAGGCUCCCUGGCGGGGAGCCCGUCGUGGCGUUUGGAGACGCCAAUGAAAGCGGCCUGCUGAGCCGCGAACACGACGUCAAAGGCGCACAGGAGGACUCGGACGAUGCCGUGGAACAGGAGCACGAUGAGAUUGAAGAAGAUGGCGUCCCGGAACUGAUUCAAAGUACGCAAAAUAUCAGCCUGUGUGAGCAAGGCUCUGCAAGCCCGAUCCGGCUGGACACGUCGAGCGAGCUGAGGGGGUUGGCGAGCCGGCUGGAAGACAUGAAGCUCGGACGGACACAGAGGAUUGGCGUGAGCUGAACUGCGACGCGGUCAAGCCGCGGUCAAGACGCGGGUUUGGCUUGGCUGCGUCUGAGGAUGGGUCGGAGAGCACACUGCGGAUUUUUGAAUAGGCAAUACCCUGACGCGUAUGAAACAAGGUUGGGCGACCGAGGCGCCAGCUGUGUGAACACGGGAACUCUGGCUCCUGUCUGUGCAGCAUGCUUGUAUCGCGUGUUUUGAGGCGACUCUCGCGCGUCGGGGUUUGGGAACAAAGCAGUUGAGACGGCAGGGGAUAGUAGGUUACGAAGUGACGCUUUGAUGCAAAACUGCUUCCAACGUAGAGAAGCAGCAC